CUGACCCUGUUCUACACUGACCAUGCUCUCACCGUGUGGCCCUUUUGUGACAUGUGGAUGUUUAAUAUCAAGUCAUUCAUUCAACCUUCAAACAAUGAUAUUUUGUCAUAUGACAUAGAGUUGAGCUCCCAAAUGGACAAAUGGAAUACUGUUUUCAGUCCACUGCCCAUCCAUGUCAAAAUGAAGAUGGAAAGUUUCUCAGUGCUCCUCCACCUGUUGUUGAUUCUUCUCCUUCAGCUGACUUCUGCACAGAAUUCCUCUACACCAGAUGAGGGAGGGGACAAAGUACUGGAGUUCUACGAGGUGUGGACAAAGAGCAUGUGUCGCCCUGUGGAGCAGUUUGUGGACAUUGAGCAGGAGCUUCCUGGACUAGCAGGACACUUCUUUCUCCCUGCCUGUGUCCUUCUGUGGCGCUGCUCCGGUUGCUGUGGAGAUGAGGGCCUAGAAUGCAGUCCUUUGAAAGAACGCAACGUCACCUUACAGGUGAAAAGAAUUGUUCCACUAAUUUCUAGCCAACUGACAGAACUCACAUUCGUGGAGCACGAGUCGUGUGAGUGCAGAAUCCGUCCAACUCAAAAAAGUGAACGCAACACUGAAUCCGUCAUGAAAAAACCUUGGACGAAGAAACACAAGACAACAAACAACUGUAGCAGGUAAGAGAUGGAUGGUGCUCCGAUAACACACAUGCACGAACACUUCAUCUUAUGCUGUUUAGUCGUCUGCAGCUACAUUUAUCAGUGUCUGGCAACUCCGUCAGACUAACAAGGACAGAGAUUAAAUCAAAUCACAGUAUCAUCGCUGCUGUUUUGCUCCUCUCUGGAAUGACAAUCAUCCAUUUUACAUCCAUGCACAUACACCAUGCAGACAGGUUGCAAAGACAGUGAUUACCAAGCACUGUGCACACUAGUGCUGUAAGAUGUCAGGCGUACCGAGAAAAACAACUCUUCUGAUGUCAUAUUGUUGCUUUGACACUGUUAAUGUAAUUUAAAUCCAUAUUAUGAAGCAAAAAAAAAAAAAACACAUUAUUAAUAAAUUGCAAGUCUUACACAAAAUAGAUGUGAUUCCAAGCCACAGACCAAUUUUAAUUAACAAUAACAUAAUUUUCUGCUGGAACGAUGUGUACUUUGUGGAUAAUCAGCUUAUUUUAAGUGUGAUAUUACAUCCUUUGUCUGACAGAUAGAACCAAGGACAAUAUGUGCUGGAAGACUGAUAUUAUAAUUGUAUAUAGUCACUCUUUCUUCACAUAAAGGUCAGAGGAAGUGUGUGUCUAUUGUAAUCUCUGGGUAAUCAUUUCUCCCCCCCC